GGAAACAGCACCGGGAGUCCCGCCCACCGUGGGAUACUGGACGGCCCCUUUUUCUACUUCAAGGGAAUACCGCCUAAGGCUCCUGACGAGUUCGUUCCUUGUCUAGAGAGGUUCCGCUUGGACAAGCAACAAGGCAAAAAGCAGGCUAGCGGGGCUCUAGGAACAUCACGUACAAAGAAGUUUUGUAUGUGGGAUCCAUUCAUCUGCUCUCUUGCGUAUACCUCAGCCUACCAUCUCUAGUGAGAGUCACUAUGCCGUACUUUCCAUUCUUCACCCUUGAGGAAGUUAUCCAGAAUGCUUUUGAAAUACAGAGAUUAGCUGAGGAGGAGGAGGAGGUCGAGGAGGAAGAGGAGGAGGUCGAGGAGGAAGAGGAGGAGGCCGAGGAGGAGGAAGAGGAGGAGGAGGAGGAGGAGGAGGAAGAGGAGGAGGAGGAGGAGGAGGAGGAAGGGGGAGAGGAGGAAGGGGGAGAAGAUGAAGUGGAUGAUGAGGAGGAGGAGGAAGAGGAGGAGGAAGGGGAAGAGGAAGAUGAAGAGGAGGUUGAGAUGGAAGAAGAAUGGGAGACUACUGACAGUGACACCGUCUCUCCCACAUUAUUUGCCUCUUUAAAAGUCACUUUACCGGCCCCAUGCCCCUCCCAACCGUUCACUUUCUCAUCCCGUCCUCUCUCAUGGGGCAGUCUAGAUGAGGUGGAAGCGGCUGUUGUUUGGAUGCUGAGAAUUUUCCAGCGUUACCAGCGCUCUGACUCCCCCACUUCAUGUGGCAACCUAGACGAAAAGGAUGGCAGCCCAGAGGAAGAGCGUUUAAACACUUUGAAGUUGGCAGAUGAUGAUCCCUCAUGGCGAAACCUCAGAAAGCGAAAGGUGACUGAACUAGUGAAUCUCCUGAUCCUCAAAUACAAAAUGAAAGAACCUGUCAAAGAAGUGGAAAUGCUCGGCAUCGUCACAGAGGACUACAAGAAACAAUUCCCUGUCAUCCUUCAGGAAGCUUUGAAGUGCUUGGAGAUGAUUUUUGGCAUUGUAAUAAAGGAAAAUGAUCCCGUGAACAGCUCUUUUGUCCUUACCAAUGCACUGAACCUCACAUACAAUGACAACAGCCAGAGAUUGCCUAGAAACGGCUUCCUGUUACUUAUACUGGGAGUGAUAUUCGUAGAGGGGAACUGUGCCUCUGAAGAAAGCGUGUGGGAAUUCCUGAAUGUGAUGGGAAUAUAUGAUGGGAAGGAACACUUCAUUUAUGGGGAGCCCAGGGAAUUCCUCACUAGAGAUUUAGUGCAGCAAAACUAUCUGAAAUAUAGGCAGGUGCCCGAGAGUUGUCCUGCGCGUUAUAUGUUCCUAUGGGGUCCGAGAGCCUACUCUGAAACCACCAAGAUGCAAGUUCUAGGAUUUUUGGCCAAAUUUACAGGGAGGGAUCCAAUUUCUUUCUCAUUCUUAUAUCGUGAGGCAUUGAGAGAUGAGGAAGAGAGAGCCCAAGGCAGAAAGGGCCCCACAGAUUAGUGCCAUGCUGUGCCUGCCCACUUACUGAUUUUAAAAAGGACAGUCUGACUUUUAAGUAAGAUGACGGGGGUCAAGCUUAGUCUGUGCAUGAGAAGAAACAGUAUAGGGCAGCUUUGUGUUCUGGUUCUAGAUGAUGAUGAUUGUUUCUUUUUGGGCUAUUGUUUGUAUUUAUAAUUGAAAGUGUGUUAUGUUACCUUUGUAAUGUUAGUUUUUGAUUACUUACAUCUGUUCCUAUCUUACCAGACUCUGAGAAAAUACAGGGUUCCUUUAAUACUUUUAGUCAACUCUGUAAUGUGUACCCAGACUGGUUUGUUUAAUAAAACAGGAAAAACGG